AUGCAAUACAAAAAGUCUCUAGCAACUGCUGCUUUAGCCACCACUGCCAUGGCCGCCUAUGCUCCAUCUGAGCCUUGGACUACUUUAACUCCAUCCGCUACUUAUUCUGGUGGGUUAACUGAUUAUGCUUCAACUUUCGGUAUCGCCGUUCAACCAAUUACAACUGGCAUCGCUUCUGCUGCUUCUUCCGUUGCUAAGAGAGCCGCUGCUGUCUCCCAAAUUGGUGACGGUCAAAUUCAAGCUACAACCAAGACCACUGCUGCCGCCGUUUCUCAAAUUGGUGACGGUCAAAUCCAAGCUACUACAAAGACUACUGCUGCCGCCGUUUCUCAAAUUGGUGACGGUCAAAUCCAAGCUACAACCAAGACUACCGCCGCUGCUGUUUCUCAAAUUGGUGACGGUCAAAUCCAAGCUACAACCAAGACUACCGCCGCUGCUGUUUCUCAAAUUGGUGACGGUCAAAUCCAAGCUACAACCAAGACUACCGCCGCUGCUGUUUCUCAAACUGGUGACGGUCAAAUCCAAGCUACUACAAAGACUACUGCUGCCGCCGUUUCUCAAAUCGCCGAUGGUCAAGCCCAAGCCGCUUCUACUACUAACUCAGUCCAUGGUGCGGCUGCCACUUCCGCCGCUGACCCAGUCGGUGCUGUCUCUUGUAAGACUGACGGUACUUUAGCUCUAACCAUCAAAAAAGGUGAAUUAACUGACUCCAAGGGUAGAAUCGGUUCUAUUGUAGCCAACAGACAAUUCCAAUUCGACGGUCCACCACCACAGGCUGGCGCUAUCUACGCCGCCGGUUGGUCUAUCACUCCAGAAGGUAACUUGGCUUUAGGUGACUCCGAUGUCUUCUACCAAUGUCUAUCCGGUAACUUCUACAAUUUAUACGACGAAUCCAUCGGUGCUCAAUGUUCUCCAGUUAAAUUACAAGCCAUUGAUUUGAUUGACUGUUAA